AUGACAACGGACACUUCGUUCGCUUUAUCGGAAAAGUGAAUACUUCACGAUGACUGAUUACUGAGCGGUCUUUUUAUUUGUUAGUUAAAUUCAGCUGUUUAGUUGAGAUUAAAAAAUAAUUAUUUAUUUCAUUGGUGAUUUAUUUGACUCGCCGGACUUCACCUUGCAAUAUUGUUUGAGCGGACGAAUUGGUAAUAAAUUGAAAAAGUGGGAAAUUGAAACCGUGUCUAUAGAAAGUUAAUGAUUUUUUUUUGUAGACAGUUUGAAUUGGCGUCUCCAGUGCGGCUAAUGACCUGAGCUGGGUUGGAUUAGAUAUUUGCUGGACGGUGCGGGGCUAAUGACCUGAUUUGGGUUGGAUUAGAUAUUUGUUGGACGGCCGUGUGUACUGACAACCAUCGUGGCUAGAGUGAACAUGACAUGCCAGUCUCACUCGACACGAUGCAGACAGGCUAACUGUAAACGCUAAUAGAGCGUGGGAGUCUGCGGGGAGUCUGCGAGAGUUUGAUGAAGAUAAAGGAGAUAAGAAUUUUGUAAAAAAAAUAUCAACAUGGGCUUUGACGUUGAAAAAUUUGUGUGCAGUGUUUCUGAAGACCGGAAGUGCGCUCUAUGCCAUCACGUGCUCGAUAAUCCCGUGCAGAGUCCGUGUGGUCACGUGUUUUGCUCGAGCUGUAUCCUACCCUGGGUCGUACAGCACGGCUGUUGUCCUUUCCGGUGCCAGGGGCUGAACACCGGGGAUCUAACGAACGUCUUGGCACUAAGGGACGUUAUACUAAACAUGAAAGUUGUAUGCGAGUACGAACCGAACGGCUGUAGCGAGCAACCAAAACUGCGGGACUAUAUAGCGCACAUAAAGGUGUGUGGUCAACGGUUGGUUCCGUGCACGAACCGGGGCUGCGGGGAGCUGCUGCGGUCAGUUGAGGAGUUAGGUGCAGACAAAAACAACCCUUGCCUGUGUAAACCACGUGUCCCGUGCGGCGGAGGUUGCGGAGCAACGCUAAAGGAAGUAGACAACGGGCACAUGUGCGUGGAGUACUUGAAAGCACGAGUGCACGAGCAAGAGGAGCACGUGCGCUGCCUGGAGGGGGAGCUGCUGAGACUGCGCGAAAGACUGAGCGCACGUGAGCUCGAGCUGGUGUCCAGGAUAAAGGCCAUGAGGAAGCGGCUGCAGAUACAGGGUAUCAAACUCGUGCAACAAGCUCGGAAUAUGGAGAACGUGAAAGCGUAUACCAAGACCGUCCCGACAGAGUGUGAGUCAAAGUGUUCUGGGCACGAGAAGAUGAUGCUGGUGCUGGAAAGAGUGGCCGGCAGCCUCGGAUUUAACAUCAUGGGUGGACUUCAGGCGUUUGAGAGCAACAACAACAACGGCAAUACAAGUGACUUGAUAAUCAGUAACAACAACAACAAUCAGCAUGUUGGCAUGACAACAGAAGGAAUCAUCGUUUCCAAGGUGAUGGUGGGCGGACCAGCAGAAAAGACCGGGCUUUGCACGCACGACCAGAUUGUUAAGGUGAAUGGUCGUGAUCUGUCUCAGGCGUCACACGAGGAGGCCGUGGAGGCAUUCCGUACCGCUGAGGAGCCGAUAGUGGUCGAGGUGCUGAGGCGUGUCAACAAGAAUAAGAUGAAAACACGCCCCACCACCAGCAACAUGGUCUCCAUAGGAACCCAGACCGAGGAAGACAUUUAUGGAUACAACAGACCCCCUACGCCACCCCCAUCUUUUUAUCCAUUUCCGUACAGUGGGUUGCUGGAGCCAUCGUCACGGCGACCGCUCAUGUUCUCCCAGAGCACGGACAACAUGGGCCUCACUGACAUCGAGAUGACCCAGUUUGACUACGACGACCAGUACUACGAUGAACGACAAUACGAGGAGGAAUACGAGGAGGUGGUGUUACAGCGGACCUCAGAAGCCGAUAAGCUGGGUCUGACACUGUGUUAUGGCUCCAGUGAAGACGGCAUCACAGACAUAUUUGUAGGCGAGGUUGAGCCGUACAGCGUUGCUGCAAAGGACGGGAGAAUUCGCGAAGGAGACCAAAUCAUUCAGAUCAAUGGGGUUGACGUGCACAGUCGGGACCAGGCCAUCAAGCUGUUCUCCGAGCGCGCAUCAGAUAUCACCCUACUAGUUGUUCGGCCACAGCUACAGUUCGACGAUGGUUUCAUGGAGGAGCACAACGUUGUCCUUGACGAGCUGCAGAUGGACAUCCUGGAGAAGCAUCACCAUGACAACAUGCAGAUCAUGGCCUCCAUGCUCGCUAGGGGUCACCAUUUUGAUGAGGAAGGUGGAACCACAGACACGGGUACUACAGAAAACUCGUCCAACAAGCAUGAAAAGGACAGCGGAGUCGGCCGCACUGAUGAAAGUACCAAGAAUGAUGAAAGUUCGGAACAGGACGUGUUUGAUAACGAUAGCAUGAUGGGAACGCGAAAAUCUGGCUCGUCCAAAGGAUCACACAGUUACAAUGGAGAUAUCGGGGAACACAACUACAGUAAUGACAGUUUUGUUUCCAAUGGCGACGUCUCCUAUGAAAUCCCUGAAAAUGACAUUAACAACACGUUUCGGGAAAGCCUACAAAACCGCUGUGAUAGAAACAACAUGAAUCGUGUUAUUUCGCCACGUAAAGAGAGAAAGAGUUCAGAAAGCACAGAGAGUAGUAUUGACAAGGAACUCGCUCAGUUAAAUCGUGAGAUGGAAGCUCUUCAGAUGGAGGGGCAGGAGAUGGCUAACAAUCACACGAUGAAAGGACAAAAGGAUGUUGCAAAGUGUGAAAAAGACUUACACAAGACACUGAGAACUGUGCCACGGAUGGGAACGAGGAUAGACAAGGCAAAGACUGGAAUGAGUCCUGGCCCAGAAUCCUCCGACAGUCUCGGGAGGAGAGAUACCCCACCCACUCCAAAAAUGGGUCAAACUAGGUUCGGGGGUAAAAUUGCGGAAGGAAGUGUGUCAACGAGUGCCUAUAACACUGGGGAAAGUUGUCGUAGCACGCCCCUGACCCUUGAACUCAAUCCUGCUUCUGAUGAAGGGGACAAGGGGUUUAAAAACUCAAUGUUGUGCCUGGCAACGACUGGAACGACCAUCACACCGCCCCUACCCACUCAUAGUGAUACAGAGAAACAAACACAGACACCUGCUAGGUCACAUGACUGCUCUAGUGAUGAAAAUUACAUGUCUAUAGCUAAUGUGAAUAACCAUAGGAGUGUUGUUGAAAAUAAUAAGAAAAACGAAAGUGUUACAAAAACUCAAUUAAAUUCUGGGGAAUCUUUACAAGACUUGUACAUGCAAUACGCAGAUGUGAUGUACACAAAUAGUGCUAACUUAGAACACACAAUCCAGAUACAGCAAAAAUUGUUCCAACAACAAAUGGAGCAAAAGACGGCCCAUCGCAGACGUCAAAGCAACUCGCCAGUUUCGAGAAAUGGAAACAGUGUCAGUGGGUACCAGUCGCCAAACAAUACUCAGCCUUCGGUGAAAUCGAAUGAGCCUUCGGUGAAAUCGAAUGAGCAGACGCCACCAGACAGUGGGCAAAGCCAGAUGGAGUGGGUGGUGAAACGACGACCAGACGGAACCAGGUACAUCACGAGGCGACCAAUCAGAAGCAAGAUGCUGAAGGAACGUGCGAAAAAGAUUUCGGAGGAGAGGUGUGGAAUGACCACAGACGAUGAUGCCAUGAGUGAGCUGAAAACGGGGCGAUACUGGACGAAAGAGGAGCGCAAAAGACAUUUAGAGAAGGCUCGAGAUUACAAGAAAAGGCGUGAAAUGAUGGCUAGAGCGAAAAUGGAAACGGUGAAAGAAGCUGAUGAAAAAAAAGACAUUGUUGAGCUCAGUCAUCGGAAAAUGAAUAAACAAAAGAGUAAGAAAGUGCUCGAUGACUUCACAACAGUUCGAGAGAUAAUGGCCCAUGGCAAUAAAAGCUCAGAAAACACGAAGGGCUAUAAGCCGCUGUUGUCCGUGACAACAGUGUGAUGUGAAACGCUCUCUCUAGACUUCUGGAAUAACUGAUCUGUGUAGCAUUAUUCUGUCAUGUGAUAAAAGAACUUUAAUGUGCUUUUGGUGUUGCAAAUAUUGUAAAAAUCCAUUGUAACAUGUGGUGUUAUUUGUAUGUACUAAUUUGAUGUUGUUUUGUUUUCGAUCAGAUUACUGUAUACCGGUACUGUCAGUCAAUUUGACACGGGGAAACAUAAUUAUUUGGUGCUAGAAAGCAAAGGAUUGAAAACAUUAUGGUACUUUGGUACAAAUGUAAAUUAUAUUAAGAUUCAUAUGAAUUGUUAAAUGAGGAAACCAAUAUAGUUUGCAUAUAAGUUAUUUGUCGACAGAGUAUUUGUAUUUAAGAAGUUAUUUAAGAUUAAACACUGUACAUUAUUUCAUUAUGUUAUUGUUAUUAAUGUUAAAGUAUUGGUGGUGACAUCAAGAAAUACAAAACUACAAGUCUAGUAAGAAAUACCAGUAAUAACUGUUGUGUAAAAAGAAUCUAAAGUGCUGACAUUUCAAAUAUAUAAUAAUACUUUAUUUAAUAAUAAAUAAUUAUGAUAGUAUUUUAUUAGGAAUAAUUGUCCGCUGUCCACAUAUAGACUGUUGGGCAAUACAGAUUUUCCUCCACAUUGCUAUCAGUUUUUGAGAGGGGUAUUAUAAAUGGUUAUGUGCAUUGAUAUUGAGUCAUUGCUGAACAGGUAUUUAAUGUGCAAUAUUAACUUGUAAUGAACUUUUAAUUAUGUAAGUGUUAAUGUCCGGAGGGAUCAGUUUGCCGACUUGACAGAUCGUGCAUUGCUGAGUCACAUUUUGUUGUGCAUUUUUAGCUUUACGUGUUUAUCUAUUAUGUUUUGGAUGCUAACAGCAGAUUCCUCUUUUUCUUAUUUAAUUUCUCUCGAAGAUGUUUCUAUGAUGUGUAUUGCUCCAUAAAGAGGCGAAUAAAGAGUAUAUUUUAUGCAGACAAAGAUCAAUUUUGUUGAAUUUUGUAGUAAAAAAGCAAGUUUUACCAUACAUUUUUAUCUUACUUCAUUAAAAUCUCUUUACCAGGUAUACUGGUACUUUAAUAACACAUUUAUAUUAAUUACGCUGUUUAAAAUGUUUUUAACAUUAAGCUUGAGAAAAGUAGUUAAAAAGCAAGUUUUACCGUACAUUUUUUGUCUUACUUUAUUAAAAUCUCUAGACCAGGUAUACUGUUACUUUAAUGCCACAUUUAUAUUAAUUAUGCUGUUUAAAUUGUUUGUAACAUUAAGCUUGAGAAAAUUGCGAAUUUAAAUUGUUCACAUUCUGUACCUGUAGAGUGUGACAGUCUGUCAGAUUUGCAUACUGAACCCUCUGGUACAGUGACAUAAUAAAUUAUGUGAUAGUUAGAUGUUUUUGUAAGUUGUACAAUAAGAAUGGAUGAAUUAUGCUCUCAGUUAUUUGUAUACUGUCUGUUGUUGACACAGAGUCUUUUUGUUUUGUUUUUUAAUUCAUUUCUAUUUUAGUUACCAUGCUAAGAUUAAAUAAUGAUUUGAAAUGAAACACAAUUUUUUAUUCACAGAGCAAAGUUUUAAAAUGCUAAUGUUUAAAAUUCACUUAAAUUUGUGGAAAAAAAUCAUGCAUCAUGAUCCAGAUCAAAACAUACAUUUAAAAAACAAUUACUCUAGCUUGGUAUGUAUUUCAGAGAAAGUUCAAGUGUUUUUUGCAUUUUUUCACAAUUAUGUUUGCAUUUUUAAACAUGCUUUACAAUGUCAUUUGCAGAUCUGCAGAAUCAAAUUGUUUGGAAAUCUAGUCAAUAUUUUAUUAUUCGAUUUGUUUUUUUACUUAUAAAGACGUAUAUUUUCUCUGCACACAUAUUAUUGGUCUAGAAACUGAAACAUUUUGUUCAAUUUUUCUUUGCAAACCUGUUAUAUGAAAACAUUCAUUGUUGAACUAUUUUUACAUGUGCAUAUUCAUAGUACUUUUUAUAACUGGGUAUGAGUUGACAUUGCAUUUUGGAUUUGCUUUAAACGCUAAUAGCACAAAAUCAUGAUUUCAUCAUAAAUUUAAUUUGAUUAAAUUUAACAAGGAUUUAUCAAGUACUGUAACAUGUAUUGUUUCACAUGAUUGACAAUAAUAAGCAAAAUUUGCAUUGAAUCAUUUUAAGGAUACAAAUAAUGAAAUCCUAAGUAAAAAAAACCCUAAGCAAGUCAAUUUCUGAUGCCAUGAGUAAAAUAUUGUUUAAGUAUACCAAAUGUGUAUAUGUUAUUGACCUGUAGAAAAUGUAAACUGUUAUAAUGUAUAUUCUUGGUUUGCCUUGUAAGUUCUGUAUAUUAUAUAGAAUCACACGCCCACGUUGUACAAAACUGGAGUAUUUAUUCAUUCAGUUGAUGUCUACAAAGAAUGGAUGGAAUAUUCAAAAUAAAUUAUUGUUCGUAUACAUGGAA